AUGGAAAAGUAUCUAAACAAGCAAUUUUCUUACAAAGAGCUAGAAUCUAACAAUGGCAAACAAUCUACCCCAUAUUUUCACUUGCUUAAUCCUUUAUAUCAUAAGGUUCAUGAUCUUUUCAAUAGUAAUCCAAAAGAUUAUGAAGAACUUACAUGCAGUAUGCAAAACAUAAUAGCUAUAGUGAAUUAUGGUGUAUUUGAUAUUAAUGAAGAGUUCGAGACAUGCGAUAUCUUUAAUAUUAUCGAGUUUUUCAUUAAAACUAUUGACACUAAUAUAUUUAAAGUUUCUUUGGAGUUGUUGGCUGCUCUUUUCCUUAGGAAGCCUGAUUAUUUUCUGGAAAAGCUCACUGAUGACUUGGUCAUUAAAAUUGUUGAAUUCUCUGACAAUAUUGAACCAAAUAUUGCAGGUCCAUCAACGCAAUUCCUUCAGAAUCUUAUUUCAGGAGAUGAGCAAAAUUAUCUAAGGCUGAAACAAUUUAUUGAUAUUAAUUCAAUAUUUUCAAAAAUUAAAAGUCCAGAAGUUCCGUCAGCUGUUAAAACUAUAACAUGUGCCUUAGUUAAAUCAAUAUGUUCCUUCCCACAAGAAGAUGAAUUUUAUAAUUUCUUGAUUAAUGAAAUUAUUCAAUGCAUAUUUCAAAAUUAUGGCGAUAUUGAUGUUUUAUUUGAAUUAUUCUCUGCAUUUGGCAUUAUUGAUCAAAAUUAUGAAAAUUGUUUCGAAAUCUCAAACAAAGCAGGAUUCUUUGGUAUAAAUCCAAGCGAAGUAAUGUUUUCUGAUGAAUGUUUUUCAUUAUUUUUGAAGUAUUAUGAUAUAAUAGCAGAAAUAGAUCUGAAAUCAAUUAAUUAUUUAGAAUUAUUGAAGGUAUUUGAUUUGGAUUUGCCUAAUUCGAAAGGAAAUACAAUAUACCUACUAAACAAAAUCGUAAUUGAGUCAGAUGAAAUCAAAAAAGAUUUAAUUUCGCAUGGAAUGUUAGAAAUAGCACUUGAUAUAUGCGAAGCAAAGUCAUCUCAUGCAAAGAUUGCAUUUAGAUUACUAUCUGCAUUGCUUUCGGUGUGUAAUUCGGAAAAUUUACUUCGUUGUCUAAAAACAGAUUUUCCAAAUAAGAUUAUUGAAUUAGCAAUAGAUAGUGAUGAUGCAAAUUUCGUUAUAGAUAUGAUUUCGCUUCUUGUUCAAUUGAUUGUUUGCGAAACUAAAUCAGGAGGCACUUCUCUUCAAGAUAUAUGUCGGGAAUACGAAUUAGUAGAUCAGAUCAAAUCAAACUUCGAUGAACCAUCUGAAAAUUUAGAGACUGCAGUGGUGACAAUUGAGAGAUUAUUAGAAGACAAAGAAGAUCAGUGA